AAUAAAUAUGCAAAAAUUUUUCAAUUAAAUCUUUUUUGCAAUUUAUUGAAUCUUAAUGAAUAUCGUGGUCAUGUUUACUACGUAUUUGGCUUGGUUUGUUUGGUUUCUUGGUUCAUCUUUAAUUUGUGGAUUCUCAGAGAUUAUUUUUUCCCAUGGAUUUUCCCACCUAUAUAUACACAAACUGGACUGAAGAUGAAAAAAUUGGAAGCAACAAAAAUGCAAUUAAUUCGUAAAGAUCGUUUAAAUAAUGCAUUUACUAUUCCAGCAGCAAUUAUUUUACCAUAUCUUAGUCCAACAUGUCGAGGAAAUAAACAAAUGAUUUAA